AUGGAGCAGAGGGACGUGGGCAGCUUCCCCUUACCGCCGAGUCUCCGGGAGAAGUUAGUGGCUGCCGGCUUCCAGACAGCCCAAGAAGUGAUCGAGGUCGGGCCCUGUCAGCUCAGCAAAGAAGUUGGGAUUUCAAAACAGGAGGCAUUAGAAAUUCUGCAAGUGAUCAAACAGGAACAACAUGGCGUUGAAGCAAAUACUGUGGGGUUGGAUCAGGCACCCGCCAAGAAGUACACAGCCCUUGAACUUCUGGAAGAGGAGCAAGCUCACGGUUUCAUUAUAACCUUUUGCUCUGAACUGGAUGGUAUCCUGGGAGGGGGCAUUCAGCUGACAAAAAUCACAGAGAUCUGCGGAGUGCCAGGAGUCGGCAAAACACAACUAUGCAUGCAACUAGUGGUGGAUGUGCAGAUUCCAGAAUGCUUCGGAGGGCUUGAUGGAGAAGCUGUUUUCAUAGACACCGAAGGGAGCUUCAUGGUAGACCGAGUUGCAGAUAUGGCAGCUGCGUGUGUUGAGCAUUGCCGGCUUAUUGCUGAAACACAUCCGGAAGAAGACCAUCAAACAGCACUGGAGACUUUCUCCCUUGAAAAUAUUCUUUCUCAUAUUUUCUACUUCCGUUGCCAUGACUAUGUGGAGCUGCUGGCACAGGUGUACCUCCUCCCAGACUUCCUUGCUGGGCAUCCAAAGGUACGAUUGGUUGUGAUUGAUGGAGUUGCCUUCCCUUUCCGCCAUGACAUUGAGGAUCUCUCACUGCGAACACGGCUUUUGAACGGCCUGGCCCAGCAGCUGAUCAGUAUUGCAAAUGAUCACACACUAGCUGUUGUGUUGACCAAUCAAAUGACGACAAGACUUGAACAUGGCCAUUCCUCUUUGGUACCUGCCUUGGGAGAAAGCUGGGGGCAUGUAGCUACUGUCCGCUUAAUCCUGCAUUGGGACAACAAACACAGAUUGGCAACACUGUACAAGUCACCAAGUCAGAAGGAAUCAACUGUGCCAUUUUGUGUAACGACUCAUGGAUUCAGAGAUGUUCAGCUUCCAUCUCCAAACCUUACGCUGGCAGAAAGUGAAGCAAACCCUCGUAAAAGACCACGGACAGAACAGAUGGAAGAAAAUUGAUCUGGAGCAGCAGCAGCACUGUUUGAAAACGGUUUGCACUGAAGGAGAGCUUCAGAGUGUUCAAGAGACUAUUUCAUUUGGGGGUGGGGUAGGGAAUUUGUUUAAUGUUAAUCCAUACCAUGGUGUGACUUUUAUCUCACCUCCAUGUCUCCCAUCACUCACCCCUGGACCCCACUCUUUCUCUUCCUAAAUAAAGCUUGAAAAUGUA